AUGACUUUUAACCUACGCGUGAAACCGCCGAAUUCGAAUUCUCACUCGGUCCGCAAGAGAAGGUGUGCGCGCCCGCGACCCGGAGAGGCUGCAAGCAAGGAAACGGUGUCUGGGGGUGCCGUCGGAUCUGGGGAAGGAGCCCGAAGCACCCAUCACACUCUUCGGACACCAGGCCUGCGGCAGGCCACCACGCAGUCCGCAGGACUCCGGGAGCAGGAACUCGCUGAAGUUUGCCAAGCCCGGGCCCGAGACUCCGGAAAGUUGCAGCUUCCCUUGGAGCGUUUCUUCUGGCUCUCAGAGGCGGGGUCGUCGCGGGAGCAGGAGGCUGCAAAUAAAGACAGAGAGAGAGCAGUGCCAACUGCGAACAGGACAAGGACGUCAAUUCCUCCUCCCCCUGCACCCCCACCCGGCCCUUCUACCCCUCCCACUUUUAAUCAGGCAAACACAGAGCAGCCCAAGCUGAAUAGAGAUGAGCAGCAGGGUCGAGCUGCCCUUUUACAGAACAUUUGCAAAGAGACCAAGCUGAAGAAGGUGACCAACAUUAACGAUGAGAGUGCGCCCAUCCCAAAGCCCAAAGCAAGUGGCAGCGGUUAUGGCUCUGGAGUAGCUGCCCUGAAGCCCAAGGGAGGGCUCUUCCAAGGAGGAGUGCCGAAGCUUCGACCUGUGGGAGCCAAGGACACUUCAGAGAACCUAGCUGGUAAGCCAGCCCUGCAGGUCCCCAGUUCUCCAGCUGCUGCCCCAAGGCCUCCAGUGUCUACAGCCAGUGGAUGUCCUCAAGAUGAUACAGAUAGCAGCCGGGCCUGGGUCCCAGAACUGCCCGGGAUGCAGAGACCCUCUUUACCGGACCUCUCUCCGCCCAGUACCACCAGCAGUACCGGCAUGAUGCACAUGCCAGUGCACCCCUCCACCCUGCCCCCAGGUAGCAUGCCAGUGCACCCCCUGCACCUCUACCCCCCAGCAUGCCAGUGCACCCCUGCACCUCUGCCUAUGCGCAGCAGCAAAGCCCCAGCCUACAACAGAGAGAAACCCUUACUUCCCUCGGACACCUGGACAAAGGCUCACCCUGGUGGAGAGGGACCUCCUGCUCCACCCCCAGUCAAACCACCUCCUUCCCCCGUGAAUAUCAGAACCGGACCAAGUGGCCAGUCUCUAGCACCCUCUCCUUCGCCUUACCUUCAGCCUCCUGGGGUCCCCAAUGGACCCUCCAGUCCCACUAAUGAGUCAGCUCCUGAGCUGCCACAGAGCCAUAAUUCUUUGCAUAGGAAGACACCAGGGCCCGCCAGAGGCCUAGCACCGCCUCCACCCACCUCAGUAAUAGGCCACAUCCCCCUACCCAAGACCCUCCCCGGGGAUCCUCCACACCCACCACCCGCGAUCCGAAAUGGUGCCGGAGAUGCUCCCCCACCACCCCCAUCAUACCGAAUGCAUGGGUCGGCAACCCAGAGCCGAAGAGAGCCCCCACCUCCACUCAGGACGCCAACAGGGCCACCCCCUCCUCCACCGCCACCUUUGAGGAAUGGCCACAGAGAUUCUGUCACCACUGUUCGAUCUUUCUGGGAUGAUUUUGAAUCAAAGUGUUCCUUCUAUCCAGUAGACUUUCCUGCUCCAGAAGAACAUAAACACUUUCAGAGAAUAUAUCCCAGCAAAACAAACCGAGCUGCCCGUGGGCCCCCUCUACCACCCUUUCUCAGGUGA